CGCUGCAGCCGCGCGCCCCGGCGCCGCGCCCGGCCGGGAGCCGCCUGUUGAUCGCCGCGCUCGCCCCGGCCGCGGCGCCGCCCCUGCUCUCCCGGCCCCGCUCCACCGGGGCUGACGGACUGACGGCCAGCACAGCCGGCUCCGGGAUGAGCGCACGGACUGUAUUCUGAAGUCUCAGGAAACUGGACCAUUUAAAUGUGCAUGGCCCAUGAGAAAGGCAUAUAAGAAGCCAUGGCACUCCCCUUUCAAAAAGAGCUGGAGAAAUACAAGAACAUUGAUGAAGAUGAGCUUCUUGGCAAACUCUCAGAAGAGGAACUGAAACAGUUGGAAAAUGUUCUAGAUGACCUAGAUCCCGAGAGUGCCAUGCUACCGGCUGGAUUUCGACAGAAAGACCAGACACAGAAGGCAGCCACUGGCCCCUUUGACCGCGAGCACCUCCUCAUGUACCUGGAGAAGGAAGCUUUGGAACAGAAAGACAGAGAGGACUUUGUGCCCUUCACUGGAGAAAAGAAAGGGAGAGUCUUUAUCCCUAAAGAAAAGCCUAUAGAAACUCGUAAAGAAGAAAAAGUGACCCUUGACCCAGAACUGGAAGAAGCUUUGGCCAGUGCCUCUGACACCGAACUCUAUGAUCUUGCAGCUGUCCUUGGAGUACACAAUUUGCUCAACAAUCCAAAGUUCGAUGAAGAAACAGCCAACAGUAAAGGUGGCAAAGGACCUGUCAGAAAUGUUGUCAAAGGUGAAAAAGUAAAGCCAGUAUUUGAGGAACCACCAAAUCCCACAAAUGUGGAAAUAAGCCUGCAGCAGAUGAAAGCCAAUGAUCCUAGCUUGCAAGAAGUCAACCUCAACAACAUUAAGAACAUUCCAAUUCCAACCCUGAGGGAAUUUGCAAAGGCUCUGGAGACCAACACUCACGUGAAGAAGUUCAGCCUGGCCGCAACUCGCAGCAAUGACCCUGUGGCCAUUGCUUUUGCAGACAUGCUGAAAGUAAACAAGACCUUGACAAGUCUAAACAUAGAAUCCAAUUUUAUCACUGGAACUGGGAUCCUGGCCCUGGUAGAGGCACUGAAAGAAAAUGACACCUUGACAGAGAUCAAGAUUGACAACCAGAGGCAGCAGUUGGGAACAGCUGUAGAGAUGGAAAUUGCCCAGAUGCUGGAGGAGAAUUCAAGGAUCCUCAAGUUUGGAUACCAGUUUACCAAGCAAGGGCCACGAACAAGGGUGGCAGCUGCCAUCACAAAGAAUAAUGACCUGGUUCGUAAGAAGAGAGUUGAAGCAGACCGAAGGUAAACUUCCUCGGGGAGAAGUGAAGUUUCACCGUGGUGUGGCCAUUGAAAAGCAAAAACUCUUCUUCUUCCCCAUCAGGACCAUUUUAUCAAAGUUUGUUCAUUUCCGUUAACCACAUAACUAAUAAUUUAAUUGUUAUUCUUUUUUAGCACUACUUAUUUAUCUUGGAUUUUGUAAUAUGUACAAUUGUUUUAUUUGCUCAUGGGCACUUCUGGCAACUUGACAAAUGGACCGAUGCAGAUUUUAGAGUGACGACAUGGAAAAUGAAUUUAACCACUUUCUUAUUGUGUUGUCUUGCUUUCUUACAUGCACUUAUUUUUUUAAUCACUGAAAGGAAUUUAGUGUAUAAUAUAUGUUUGUAACUGUGAUUAUGAUAGAGGCCUAUCUCUGUUUACAUGCAUAGCUUUGAGUUAGGCUAAAUACAUCAGAAGUGUUCUACUGACCACGUAAGAAGUUAGUAUUGCCAAUCUUUCACUGCAUGUGAAAAUGUGACCAAUUUAGCACAAAUUCUCUCUUAGUUCCAGAAAAAUCAGUAAAUGCACAUGCCCUGUUGAUUGGAGAUCAGUAGUGUCAUCUUCAUAAAGCAAGACAACAUUAUGACACUUUAAAACAGUAGCAAAGAAGUCUAUUUAUUAACCCACAAAUGUAGCAUCAAGCCAGACUCACAAGUAGCAAAAUGAAUUACACACCUACUUUUACUGACUAUUCAACAUAAAUUGAAUCUUUAACAUGACUUUAAAGGCUAACUAUUUACAAAGCUGUUUUAAAGUUUUUCAAAUGCGAUAGAAAUUUUCUAAAUUUUAGUAAGAGAGAAGCUUUUAAAACAGUACAUUCCUGAAUAAAACAACAAUAUUGUAUCUUAAUCAUGGCUGUCUGAUGCACAUGAUUGCAUUUUUUGGCAAAUUUUAGAAGCAUUUAUUGCUUUGUCUUUAGCGUAACAAGAUCACAGGAUUAAAUAUAAACAUUCAGGUUAAUUAUCUAGAUUUUUGUCCACAGUACAUGAUCCAUCCAGACAUUUGCAAACGUCAGGAGAAAAAUGUGAAUUAUUUAUCCAGAUGCGUGUCAUCUCAAGGACAAAGCCUGUGAAAGUACAACUGAGAUGGUUGCAUUGUCGUAUGCAUUAAUCUUUUGAUGUGGUGGUGUAAACAUGCAAUGCUAAACUAAGGAAGCAGGUGACUGCAGCCUUUGGCUCAAGCUCACCACUCUGAUAACUGUCAGUGCCUGAGGUUGUGAUUGGUGACAUUCUGACACUGCCCAAGGCAACUCACCCUCUAUUCCUCCUUUCUCCCCUCCCUUUCUUCCAAUUCAUUUCUUUUUUUUUCCUCUUUUCUCUGUAAUUCGUUACUAAACAAAUUCCAGAAUUUGUUUAGUAGCCGAGUGUUCCUGAGUUGCCUGUAGCAAUAAAACAAGUGAAUAGGAAAAUAAUUAAUAUAUUAUUCUAUGUAGCUUGUAAAACACAUGGAAUCUGUUUAAGAUAGCCCUUGCAAAAUUGAACAUUUACCUGUAUUAUAAGUACCCACAUCUGUGUCUCUGAAGUCCUUUGAAACAUCUCAUUUUCUUGAAAUGUUUUUAAUUUUUGAGAACACAAUAAGCAGAAUAUUCUAACACCUUUGGCCCCUAAAAAUCCUUUAAUUAGUUUAUGGCUUCAUCUCCUUAUCUAUUUAAAAAACAUAGUAAAUACUGUUUUGUAGUUUUCA